UCCAAGCUCCAGCUCCCGCGCUCCUUCAUUGCAAUUGUGGUUCUCGCGACGGUUAUCCACCCUUGCACAUCCGUUGAGUUUCACCGCAAGCUCGCCAGUUGGUCUAAUGCCGGCGCGACAUGGUAUGGCGCCGCUAAUGGGGCUGGGAGUGAUGGUGGUGCGUGCGGGUACAAGGGCGCCGUCGACCAGCCACCGUUUUCGUCCAUGAUCGCCGCCGGCGGCCCUUCCCUCUACACAUCUGGCCUUGGCUGUGGAUCUUGCUACCAGGUGAAAUGCACUGGUAACGCCGCGUGCUCGAGCAGCCCGGUGACGGUCGUCAUCACAGACCAGUGCCCCGGCGGCCCUUGCUUGGAAGAGCCGCACUUCGACCUGAGCGGGACGGCGUUCGGCGCCAUGGCGAAGCCCGGCCAGGCCGACCAGCUGCGCGCCGCGGGUGUCCUCCAAAUCCAGUUCACCCGAGUGCAGUGCAACUGGGAUGGAGUGAAGCUAACCUUCGUCGUGGACGCCGGCUCGAACCCGAACUACUUGGCCGUGCUCGUCCAGUACCAGAACGGCGACGGGAACCUCUCGGGCGUCGAGCUCAUGCAGAGCGGUGCGGCGGCGGCAUGGACGCCGAUGCAGCACUCGUGGGGCGCUGUCUGGAAGCUCGACGCCGGGUCGGCGCUGCAGGCGCCGCUCUCCCUCCGCCUCACGUCCAGCUCUGGCAAGAAGCUCGUCGCCAGCAACGUCAUCCCGCUUGGGUGGAAGGCCGGCUCUGCGUACCAGUCGGCGGUCAAUUACUAAUCCACGGCGAGAUGGUGCAACAUGUGUGUGUGUGUGUGUGUGGUAGUUCGAUGUGUAGCGCGCUGUGCUACUACGAAGAACUGAAAUA